AUGUCUCGAGAGUUCCCCAUGAAUAAGCUCCCUAGGGAGCUGUUGCACGAAAUUGUAUCACAUUUGUCACAACAGGAUCGACUGAACUGCGCACUCGUGUCCAGGAAAUGGUACAAAGUGGCGACAAAGAUCGUGUACAGGAGGAUAUACCUCAAUGACUCGAACGUCGUCAGGUCGGACUUUAUGAACGUCGCUAUAAACUGGACUCUGCUCAAUAUCCCGUCGUUUUUGAACGAGGAUGAGUCCAGGGACAUCGCAAACAGUAAACUGAGAGCACUCAUAACCACAUUUGAAAACAACGAAUACAUUCUGAACUCCGUCGAGUGGAUACGAAUAAACUGGGAUCUGGACUCACUCCUGCAGAAAAAGAUUUUGAAAUUACUCUGCGAUAAGGCACAGGCAUUGAAACGACUGGAAAACGUCACAGACCCAUCCUGUAACGAUAUUAUUGCCUCGGGGAGGUACUCCAGGGAUAACCUCACAAGUUUCGACAUGGCACCACCAAACUCUCUCCCGGAAUUGGCAGUACCCCCCGAAUUCAUUCCAAACCUGAUCGACUACCUGGAUACAAGGAUAUCCACACACUUGUCACACAUGACUCUGUUCAUAGACCCUUUGAAACUUUUCAACUACUUGUACCAUUUGAGGGAGAAACUGACCAUUGUCGAUUUGAAACUGCAUUGGCGUCGAGAAUUCUACGCACCAGAAUAUUUUGAGGAAAGUAAGUUGCGAUCACCAGAAUUGAGACGGCUCACAGAUGUGUUUGACGUGCGCGCUCUCAAGACACUCACCAUCAUCUCGUGGAACGAGUCCCUCAUGUCGCGCGAGAUGCAGAUGCUCAAAGAGUUCAAGGACUUUGUGCAUCUAGAAGACUUAUCCCUCAUUUCCAUCAAACAGGACAUCGAUAUCCUCGUCGAACUGUUCGAAAACUUGAAAAACUUGAAACGGCUGAAGAUGGACUUCUUGGAGGAUUACAUCCCAGAGACGACGUCGCCACGGAUCUUCCUAACCAUUUUAUUCAAUUGUCAAAAGUUGCAGUUCAUCGAUAUCAGAUUUGAGGGGAUAGACACACCGGUCAUCAACAUGAAUGGCAACAAGUUCGAGCUCGAGCAGAAAUGCCACUGCGCAAACUGCACGUACGCGUUCAACGAAAUACUGCGCGCCAAAAUAUUUGUAUUCCCAAUUGACUACUACCUGACGGACAUCCAGGACAUCGCCGCAAAGGAUAUCUUCAAGAUGAUGCGGUACCUCUCACUGCUACCGUACUCGAAGGCCUGCGAUUGCUACCCAAGUGUGAGGACACAACCAAUGAACAUGAACGAGUUCGUCAAAAAGAUGAACGAAAACUUGGUCAACUACAGACAGCACAGAAACCAGUUACUCAAAGUACCAAGGGAGGAUCCAAACCCAGGGAUCAAUGAUACUUGGAACGCAGCGGACUCAGACCCAGUACACACGGCCGCUGAUUCACGGCCGGUCACUCUACAAGCUCAAACGGUGCUACCGCAACUAACUACUACACAGGCGAAUAGAGACGAAUUUGAACAACUGGACAUCAUACUGUCGUCGACAAUACUGAACCAACGACUCGAAAACAAACUGGAAAGGUUACCGCACGACCCUUUGACUAAGUCUGACGUGAUCCACCUCUACCACCUCAUGAUCCAUCAUUUCAAAAACACAUACGUCACCUUCUUGAAGGGAUUCCCAGAACUGAGAUUCCUAAUGCUGAACGAUAUCCCGACCAUUGCAAUAGAGGAAAACACCGAACGGAUCUUCCACCCUAUUUUUUACCAUGACAACUACGAAUCCAACCUGGGCGGCUGGACAAAACAGCCCUUCCCCAACAACGUUUCGAAAGGUACAGACGGAGACGAUACCGUCACCAGAAGAGCCACGUUUAUUUAA